AAUGUCGGUCGCAAAACCCCGGUAACAUUACUGGAAGCUCGUAUCGAGCUGUUCGUUCAGGCGUUUUGGAAAACAUAAAUCAUGAUCCAUUUGAAUGAUAACAAUCUGAGGGAGAAAAACUAGCGUCUCACGCAUCGUACUGACCUGAGGAAAAGCAUGAUCAGGAUAAGAUGGCUGUGACAGAUAAGCUUCGAAACCUCGUGUUGAGACGUUGAUCACGAAUGCGAGGCGAAAAUGACGGAAAUAUCGUCCAAUUCGAAUCAUGAAAACAACUUCAGUGUCAACUGGGAACCAGAUCAUACAAACGAGACAAGAAAGAGGAUUUCCUGUCCCGAAGAUAAAGCAACAUGCCUUUCAAGAAUCACGUUUUGGUGGUUGAACUGGAUAAUUUUUACCGGAUACAAAAGGCCUCUCGAGGACAAGGACCUCUGGGCACUAAAUUGGAAGAGCAGAGCUUCAUACAUUGUUCCUAAAGUGAGAUCCAUUUGGAAUCACGAACAAAGAAAAUGCAACAGGAAGAAAAAACUCCUGGUUGAAGAUGCUUGUGGCUUUGAGCCCAGUGAAACUGAUUCAUUACUUGAUAGAAAUCGAAAGAAGACCAAAUCACUAAGCAACAAGAGAAAACCUUCACUUUUGAAGGUUUUAGUCAAGAUGUACGGAUGGAAAUUUCUUCUAGCCGCUAUCUUUAAACUGUUCCACGACUGCUUUUUGUUUGUACAACCUCAGUUAUUAAGAAUGCUUAUUGAAUACAUAGAAGACAAGUCCUCUUCUGAGAAAAUAUGGAUUGGCUACGUAUACGCUGGGUCCAUGUUUGUGUCAGCAACAUUGCAGUCCCUCGUCCUUCAGCAGUAUUUCCAUAUAAUGGUCACACUUGGUAUGAAAAUUCGUUCAGCUGUUACUGGUCUAAUAUAUGAAAAGGCGCUGGUGCUCUGCAACGAAUCACGGUCGAAAUCAACAGCUGGAGAAAUUGUGAACCUGAUGUCAGUGGACGCACAACGGCUGAUGGAUGUGAUGACAUAUCUUAACAUGAUAUGGUCUGGGCCCUUCCAAGUUGGAGUGUCUUUGUAUUUUCUUCAUCAAACCAUGGGCUGGCCGAUUUACGCUGGCCUAGGUGUGAUGGUAAUUUUCACUCCAGUUAAUUUCUUGGUCGGAAGAGUGGUGAAGAAGUUGCAGGUUAAGCAAAUGUCAGAAAAGGAUGGAAGAAUAAAGAUAAUUAACGAAGUUCUCAAUGGAAUCAAGGUUCUAAAGCUUUAUGCUUGGGAAGAAUCUUUCUUGUCAAUUAUUAGCAGCAAGCGAGACAAGGAACUCUCGUUUCUUCUGAAGUCUCAAAUCUGGAAAGUUUUUCUGAAUUUUAUUUACAAUAGCAUGCCUGUCAUGGUUGCUGUUACAACGUUUGCAGUCUACGUCCUCACAGGCAACAGUCUCACCGCCUCCAAAGCGUUUGUGGCGUUGUCGCUCUUUGGAAUUUUGCGUUUUCCUCUUGGUUUCUUUCCAGAUGUGAUUGCAACUUGCAUACAAGCACGGGUCUCGGUCAAGCGUUUGGAGAAGUUCUUAGAUUCAGAAGAACUGGACCCCAACAAUGUUCUGAGGACGUCACCAACACAGCUUACUUCGGAAAUGAUUGGCGUCAAAAGUGGUGUAUUUGGGUGGAAUAGAAAGGAUGCUCCUAAAAUUCAUGGUGUCAACCUAAACAUUCCAAAGGGCUCGCUUGUUGCAGUCGUUGGUCAAGUUGGAUGUGGGAAAUCUACUUUACUUUCCUCUCUUCUUGGAGAAACAGAGAAGUUAAAUGGAACCGUUUUUGUUGACGUGCGUAAUGGAUCUGUGGCAUAUGUUUCCCAGCAGGCCUGGAUACAAAACGCCACCAUACGAGACAAUAUCUUGUUUAAUAAGGCCAUGGAUCCCGCUCGUUAUGAGCAGGUUAUUCACUCGUGCGCCUUGAGAAGUGAUUUGAGAAUUCUUCCAGCUGGUGACUCAACAGAAAUUGGAGAACGGGGUAUCAACCUCAGUGGUGGACAAAAACAACGAGUGAGUCUGGCACGAGCUGUUUAUUUUAACGCUGAUAUCUACCUACUAGAUGAUCCACUCAGUGCUGUGGACGCCCAAGUUGGACGAAAGCUAUUUCAAAAUGUCAUCGGACCUAAUGGAUUGCUUAAAGACAAGACUCGAAUCUUUGUCACUCAUGGCAUCAACUAUUUACCUCAAAUGGAUCACAUCAUCGUUCUUCAGGACGGCUUUGUUUCAGAGGAAGGUUCAUACACUGAACUUCUGGAAAACUCAAGUGCCUUUGCUGAUUUCCUACAAGCUUACACAUCAGAGGAAAACUCUGCACUGAAUGCCCUGCUACUAGAAACGGAUGUUCAUGAUGAAAAUGAAACCGACGAGGUGCUUCAAGAAAGCAGAAAAGGGAUACAAACCUCCCUGAAGGGCUACCAGCAUAAUCAAGGACGUAAUGAUAGAAAUACCGGAAAAACAAUAACAGAGGAAAUAUCAGAGACUGGAGGAGCAACGUUGUCCUUAUUGUUUUCUUACAUCAAGUCCUCUGGCAUACACUGGUUUUUUCUCUCUUUGUUCUUUUUCAUGGUUAUGGAAGCGAGUUCUGUGGCCACAGGAGUAUGGUUAGCCUACUGGAGCGCAGCAAACAUUACAACAAACCAUCAAAGGGACUUUUAUCUAUUAAUCUAUGGAAGCAUCGGAUCGGGUCAGACCCUCUUUACCGUUUUUUACUCCUUGGCGUUAUUUAUUGGGGCGAUUUGAGCUUCCCGAAUACUCCAUCGCAAAUUAAUCGUGAACGUCUUGCGGUUACCAAUGAUGUUCUUUGAUACGACACCGAUUGGAAGGAUUAUGAACCGGCUGUCCAAGGAUAUUUAUGGCAUUGAUGUGACAAUUCCAUUAUCUCUGAAGUCGUUCUUACAGAUGUUUUUCGAUGUUCUUGGGAUGCUGGUAGCUGUUAGUUACGCCACGCCACUUUUUCUCACCGUUGUUCCUCCUUUGGGUGCCCUCUAUUUUUACAUACAGAGAGUAUACGUAGCUACAUCAAGACAGCUGAGAAGAAUCGAGUCAGUAAGCCGAUCACCAAUAUAUAGUCACUUCCUGGAGACCAUCACCGGUGCCAGCACCAUACGGGCUUUCUCACAACAGCAGCGCUUCAUCCGGGAUAAUUACCGGAAAUUAGACGAAAAUCAAGUAGCACAUUACUUGGCUGUCACCGCUGAAAGAUGGUUAUCUCUUCGUUUGGAAUUCAUUGGCAAUUGCCUGAUUCUCUUUGCGGCCUUAUUCGCUAUUAUUAGCCGGGACAAAAUCAGUGGAGGUCUUGUAGGACUGUCUGUAACCUAUGCAAUUCAGAUAACUCAAAAACUAGCCUGGAUGAUAAGAAUGUCGAGUCAACUGGAAACAAACUUAGUAUCAGUUGAGAGGGUAAAGGAGUAUUCUGAUACCCAGACAGAGGCGGAGAGAGUCAUUCCUGAUAGCCGGCCGUCUCGUGAUUGGCCACAACAAGGAGUAGUUCUAUUUGAUAACUUCCAGUUGCGAUACAGAGAAGGACUUCCAUUAGUUCUGAAAAAGAUAAGCUCUAUAAUCAAGCCAGCUGAAAAGGUAUUGUUGUAUUUUCUAUUCCCCUUACAUAGAGAAGAUAUUGUCUGGUUUAAUGACGAGGGGAGCAGAGAUGACACAGUUAUGAGAACGCUCGCCACCCACCGAUGUGGCCUGGGAUCGAUUCCCAUACCUGACGCCACAUAUUCCAAUUCGACCGAGCCAGUGCUGUUCUCUGGAACUCUUCGCGUAAACUUGGAUCCGUUCAAUGAACAUGAGGAUGAAGAGCUUUGGAGAGUACUGGAAGUGAGUCAUUUGAAGAGAUUUGUGAUGAGUCUGGGUGGAGGAUUUCAGCACAUUAUAGCAGAAGGAGGCGAAAAUCUCAGUGUUGGCCAGCGGCAACUGGUUUGUUUAGCGCGUGCACUUCUCCGUAAAAGUAAGAUCCUGGUUUUGGACGAAGCAACGGCUGCGGUGGACCUGGAAACUGAUGAACUCAUCCAACAAACGAUUCGACGGGAGUUCGCCGACAGUACAGUGUUCACCAUCGCCCACAGGCCUAACACCAUUAUGGACUAUGACAGGGUUAUGGUUCUUGAAGACGGUUCCAUCGUAGAAUUUGACGCACCCAACAAACUUCUUGAACGAAGAGGACACUUCUACAACAUGACUCGUGACGCAAGACUUACAAAGUGAUCUACAGUCGAACCUGUUUUUAACGGUCACCAACGUGAAUGGCGGAAAAAUAGGUUGGCUGAUGAACACAGGUUCCACAGAACAGGGAUGUUUUAAAUACGAUUGAAGUCUCCAUUUUAUUCUAUAUCUGACCACUUAACAUGCAGAAAAUCGCUCAAGAACAAUACUAACAUUGAUUUCGGCAGAUUAAGACGGAUUAAAUUUUACUGAAAAGAUUAUUCUUAGUUGUAUUUGAGUGGUUCCGCUUUAAGUGACCGUUCAAUGCAGGUGAAGGAUAUACAGAAAGGCCGUUGGAACUCAGUAAAAGAUGACCCUUAUAUACAGGUGAAAAUUUCAGUGAUUAAUGGUUAAAUAUUUCGGGACUUUGAAAACUCACCGCUUGAUACAGGGUGACCACUUAAUACAGGUUGGACUGUAAAAUACAUUUUUUAACUAGACCUUACACUCUUAGUGUCACGAAAGUUUCGUUUGUCAUCGAGUUGCAAGCAAUAUUUACUUAAUUACACGUGCGAAAGACAUUUACAUUCCAGAGCAUUGAUUUCGAACCUUUGAUUGACAUUUACACCUCGUGAUUAAUUAUCGUUGUCUAGCUUAGAAAAAACUUUGUAAAUAGAUUUU